AGCAGGUCACCGACAUUGCGGCCAUAGGGCGGCAGGGCCCAUGUAUAUGAAGACAGCUGCGCGGGAAGAGGCAGAGUAGUAUGCUCUCGACUCGCAUACUCUGCAGAGCGCCUUCAUUCCUCUCUCGUCGCCUUACCCAGCAAUCGAGCACCUUUCUUCGCCUCGCGUCGACUACUAGCACGAUGACCAGCAACCAGAAGAUUAGCGACGCAAUCAAGGAGGACCAUCGGGAUAUCUUCGCCUACCAUGAGGCGUACAAGAAGUCUGUGGGCGACUUCGACGCUCAGCAGCGCUGGUCGCGCCAGUUGAUCUGGGAGGUGGCGCGGCACUCUAUCGGCGAGGAACUCGUCGUCUACCCCCUCUUCGAGAAGUACAUGGGCACGCGCGGUACCCAGCUCGCUGAUGAGAAUCGCAAGGAGCACAAUGAAGUCAAAGAAAAGCUCUACGAGCUCGAGAAGCUCGACCCCGGCUCCACCGAGUUCGACACGCUCCUUGAGUCCACCAUGAGCGCGCUGCACAAGCACAUCGACACCGAGGAGCGGGACGAGAUGCCGAAGCUCGAGGCGCUGCUGAUGGAUGAGGAUAGCAAAAGCGCUGCGGGCUCAUUUGCGCGGACAAAGAUGAUUGCGCCGACGCGCCCCCACCCCUCUGCGCCGGAUAAGCCGCCUUUCGAGACCAUUGUGGGCUUGAUGAGCGCACCCAUCGACAAGGUGAUGGAUAUGUUCGCAAAGUUCCCGAGCGAGGAGGAGAAGCAGAAGGCAAAGUCCUAGACUAGUGGUCAAUGCUUGUUCUCAUGUUGUAUCGAUAAUGCUGUAUAAACGCGCCAAUCGUCCUUC